UACAAAGCCAGUUCUGGUUCGGCAGAGAGCAACUGCACAUGGGUCGGUUCGCCGGGUGCCUCUUUCUAUGCUAGCCAGCCUGUCAGUCCUCAGCACUUGGUCAGCUGUUCAUCUUGCUCCCCUUGGUCACCCAGCCAACCUGUCAUCCCUCUGUCACUUAUUUGUCCUGUCUCUGUCACGCUCUUCUUCAUCCUGCCAGCCCUCAGUCACUUUCAGUGUGUCACCAAGUUAAUCAGAAACUUGUAGAUCACCAUUCUGAUAGAACAAGCAAGAAGCCUGUGAGUUAAUGAUCAGUUUAGUGCCCAUGUGAGCUAGCUUUGUAAAUCAGAAAUCCAAUAAUCCAUAUCUGUCAUAACCUGCCAGGUUAAUACAUUAACUAGGCUCCCAACAGUCUCUUCGUAAAUUAAUUCUAAUUACACGCUAAUUAUUUUAGCUCUUGGAGGUGAAGGGAGGAGAGUCAGGAUUUCAAGAUUAUCCUCGACUACAUAAACUGGCCAGCCUGGGCUACAUCAGACUCCAUGUAAAACCAAACCAAACAAAAAACAAAACAAAACAAAACAAAACAAAAAAACCCUAACAGUUGGAGAGCACUUGGCUAGCAAGAGGGCUAAGGAGACCGGCAGAUAGAAAUGUGCUGAGGGAUAAUAAUUUCGUGGAGCCCUGAGACUAAGACGUGAAGUAAAAUGAGGUGAAGUGAUAAGCAGAGGAAACCCAGGAAGUGAUCCAUGAGGAGCCAUCCCAUCUGUACUCCUUCAAGCCUGGCAGUGGAGAGCAGGAAGAAGUCACAGUGACAAAGCCAGCUCAACCCCUAUAUCUCCAGCAGCAAAGCCCAUCCAUGUGACGGGAAGCUGAAAACAAAGUUGGAGAGGGGAUGAUAUUUGAUCAGAGUGAUGUGGUGAUUUAUAGGCAAAGCUUGGGCCAGGAUGUAGAUUUGGUUUAUUCCAAUAUCCAGAGUGAAGUUUUAAGUCGGCAAACAAAGAAAGGAAAGGCUGACAGUACAAAAAUGAGGCUUGUGUUCCAUGUGAACACAGGGAACGUUUGUGACCAAGAAACCUGGGUAGCGUACUCUUUCUGUGGAGCAAUCAUUCUUCGUUGGUUUUCCUGUGAUCCUGGUACUCAGGAGCCAGAGACUAGCCUGGCCUCUACAGCCCGUUACAGCAGUCUUCCUGUUUCCGUCUUCCAAGUGAUAUGAUUACAGUUGUCAUCACCUCACUCCCCAUGGGGAAUAGUAUUGUACGCCUGGGAAUUCUUGCUGUUAGAGAUGGACCUGCCACAUCCACAGCUUGAACCUGCCAGACUUCUUAACUCCUUCUGCUCUGUAGAGAAGAUAUUGCAGUGCAGUUGUUCCUUCCAUGGGAUCCCCACACCCUCUGUGCAGUGGUGGGUGGACAGUGCUCCUGUGGAUGUGAACAGUGGACAUGGCCACUUCCAGUUGACCUCUACCACACUUGGUCCCUGGGACAACAGCACCCUCAGCCUGGCCAAGUACCCAGAAAUGGGCACAGUUCUUCUCUGUGAGGGGAAGAACCAACAUGGAAUCCAUGGUCUGAGCAUCCUACUGAUGUCAAGAAGGGGCCCUUGGGCUCCCCAGAUUUUCCUGGAAGCUCUGCUACGGGGUGUUAUCUACGCAGCCAUGGCAAUCACACUACUUUUUCUCUGCCUCCUCCCCUUCAUAGUGAAACUUCUCAGGACGAAGCAGGCAAAGAAGUGUGCACAGACGAGAAAACAGAAGGACUCUAUGUCUGGAACAGACCAGGAAUCCCAUUUGAAAUCCAAGAAGCCUAGGAAAUCCAGAACUAAGCCACCCUGUAAAGAGCAGCCUUCGGAAAUGGAAGAUAACCUGAAGCCAAGGAAGACCAUGGAAACUGCAUCACAUACAAAGUUCUCAUUACCCCGGGCAUUACAAAAACCCACAGAGACCCCAGAACCCCCAAGUCCAUAAUAAACUUGAGGUUCUGAGAAUCUGAGCUCACUAAA